AUGGCUCCUGCUUCACUUCUGGAGUCUGCAAAGACGCAAUCGCCAUCGUCAUACCUCUACACGACGUUGGCGUCGUCACAUUUGGGAGAGACCUCGGCAAUAGUGAUCUCAUCGUUGAUCGCCUUUGGCAGAAGUACCCCAAAGUCCAUCUCCCUGAACACGGAUCUCUCGUUGAAGCAGGUGAAAACAGCUCUUGUGUCGUUGGUGCAGUUAAAGUGUGUGCUAUACUGGAGGGAGGGUAAAGAGGUCUACUACACUUUUGAUGAGAGAGGAAUGCAUAGGCUCUUGUAUUCGGGAGACAUUGUCAUCCACAUAAGAUCCGUAUAUGGCAAUGACUCUGCACAAAUCAUUCAAAAUGUGCUUGAAAACGGUAGCAUCAAUGUGAAAGAGUAUCUUUCGUCGUUCUCCGAAGAUCAAAAGUAUGAGACCACCUCUAAGUUGCUCAAGCUAUACAAUGAUGGAUGGUUGAGUAGACUUCAGCCUCACGAUUAUUACCCAUUAGAAGAUGUAUGGGACAUGCUCUUUCAGGAGACCUUAAAGAACACCCCAAGGACCGCUACCACAAGUGAAAUCAAAAGAUUGGCUGAGGCAAAGGCUAGGACUAAGAUUAAACUCAACGAGUACCUAGCCAAAGGCACAGACCCAAAAGAUGUGUUCCUUGUAGAGGCUGGUAUGCAAAAGUUCCACCCUCAGGUAACUGUUAGUUUCAACCUUUCCAGAUACGAAAAGCACUUGCGAUCGCGAGCGUUGGUCGGUUUGGUAAAUUCCAGAUUCGGCCUCCUCACAAGCAAAGUGUAUGAAGCAUGCUGCUCCUUGAUUGAGCAGAACUCACCUGACUUGCAUUUGCCCCAUCUCCAAAUUUCAGGGUUGAUAAACGAUCCCGAAGAAGAAAGAUCAUACAUUAGCAGCAUAGAAAACGGUCUCAUCGACUCCAAAAGGACCGUAUUUAACAUCCGUGAUAUUCCCAGAGCUCUCUCUUCCAACAUUGACUUGCGCAACUCAAUUUUGACUCAAAACUUCCUCAAACCAGGGAAGAGAGUGAAUAUCAACGGCACAGUUUCAGUCAGCAAAAAGGUAAAACUUGAGGAUGGAACUCCACAGCCUGCUUCUGCAGAAGCAGAUGAAGAUCUUGACGAUGAUUCUGACGACUUUGUAACAGAUAAUGCGGAUGCAAAAUCCAUAUCCCUCAUCUCUGAACACAUCAGACUACUAACGUCGUCGAGUAUUCCAAUGCUUUCGGAAAUCACCCCAGGGUCCUAUACCAUUCCUUACAUGCAAUUAAGCAAGCAUGUAAAACAGCAUAAUUUAAACACUUUAGUGAAAACAACACUAGGAGUGAAUGCAUUGAGGGUUCUUCGAUGCAUACAGCAGAUGAAAUUGGUUGACGAAAAGGCUAUUCUGAACUCUGUGCUUCUCAAAGAGAAGACUGUCAAAAACGAGCUUUACAAGCUCAUCAAUAUGAAUCUUGUAGAGAUCCAGGAGGUCCCGAGGUCUGCCGAUCGUGCUGCAGUCAAGACCUUCUUCUUGUUUCGGCACAAGCCUAUUCUGGCCUACCGUUUCUUGAGCGAUGCGUUGAUGUACGAUAUGGCAGAAAUUUUGACUAAUAUAGCUCGGUUUAAGCUGGACAACAAAAUCUUGCUAGAAAAGUGUGACAGAGAAGAUGUCAAAGGCCAUGAAGAAGAACUAUUGCUAGAGAGUGAGUUAAAGACUCUUCGCCAGCUUCAGCAACGAGAGUUACUUAACUUGGGUCGCCUUCACCGUGUAAUGUGGCUCCAAAUAGUAUUUGGGGUUCUCUAG